UUUGUCUAUGCGGUAGUGGUAUUCUUACAGUCCAUAAGUGCUGUGGAAUUUUCUGGCAUAGCCGUGAAGUCUCCGUAUUCCAUCACAAGCUUCAGUUCUCCACUUCCACAGACAUGUGAUACCUCUGGAAUCUAUACGGUAUGUACUACGUGUAGCUCGACACUGGUUUGUAUUCAAGGGGACAUGACGCGAAAAUCUUGUCCGUUGGAUAAACCAUACUGCAACACGAACGCUCAACUACUAUUAGCUCGGAAUACGGGUGUACUCCGGAACCUCUAAAAUGCACCUGAAUCGGAUUCUACCCAGAUCCCAAGGCCUGCCAGUUCUACCACUACUGUGAAGCUGUCGGGGAACCCUCCACCGUGUACGACUGUCAACCCAACAACGUGUUCAACGCGGCCACCCACAUGUGCAAGCAGAAGAAGCUGGCCGCGGAUUGCGUAACCGUAACGUGCGACCCGGGCAAAAUCUUCCAGGCUUACGGCACCAGCAAGACGUACUUUGCCUUCUGUUCGGGAUCUGAAAUUGAGAUGCUCAAGUGUGACACCAACUAUGUGUUCAACGGGUCCGGGUGCGUGUUCCAGUGUCCGAAGGAGGGCAACUUUGCGCACCAUGAUCCGAAGAAGUUUUACGAGUGUGUUUACAGCGGUACCAAACUGGUGGCAAUGGAGAUUUCCUGUCCGGGGGGGAAAGAUUUCGAAGCGGUGAUUGGUAUUUGCCUGACUCCAAGUGGUUGAUGUUGGAUGGAAGAAUUACGAGUUUGUAAAAAAUGUUUUUUUUUGUAUUGACAUUGUAAAAGUAAGUUAAUUUUGUUGGCCUCAACACACACCGAAAAUCUUGUAUCAAAGUCACUUUUCAACACAAAUAAUAAAAUUAUUUAAAUUUGUA